GUUAACUUACAAAAAAUUUAAAUUAUUAAGCACUUAAAUUAAAAUCCAUUGAAGCUCACCAGUCCUCGUAAUGGAUACGUUAGGCGAUUAUGCAAUGCUCGUGGGCUUUGAUCAGCAAUUGGACUACGUGGAGCAAAUGUUGCAAAAGGCCGACAAGUAUAAUAUCAGACUUGUAACCCAGAUCGACAAUCUAAAGAAUCUCGUGCAGGCCAAUCAGAACAUACUUCAUAAUUUGCAAUCGAAUGAGGCGCACAUGAAAGCUUUACUGGAAGACAAUCAGAAAGCAGAGCUGCAUGCUAAAAUGAUUAGCUGUGCUAAACGUUUAAAAAGAAAGCUUCUCGUCACUGUAUCCUUGUUAGAUGAGCUUGAGGCCGAGGAUAGCCCCAUUGACUGUAAGGAGGAUCAGGGUUCCGAGUCGAGCCUGUCACAGCAAAUGAAUGGACUGGGCCCAUCUCUGGUUUCCAUCGGAAAUGAGUUAAAAUCAUUGAGCGAGGAUAAACUGAAUGAGAUACGCGAAGCAAGUCUUCUGUCGCAGUCGUCUUGUAAGGGGUCCAGCAAAGAACGUCGUUGCUGGACCCAUUGCAGGACCUUGAACCAGAAUGAUUUGCAUGCUAAAGAGCUCAUGGAGUUGCGUAAAGCAACUGAAUUGUUGUUCCAAGCCUUUAAUCAAUCAAACUCAGUGACUGUGGAGAUCAUAUAUCGGAACCACAUUAUGGAAAGAGGAACCCUUAACUAAUUCCACAUCAUGGGU